CAUCAACGGUACUACAUGAAGCUGACAUUGCCCCAGGAGGAACUUUGGAAAAAAUGUGCUUGUACACAGAGGUAGCAGAACUGGGCCAGCCAUGGGCAAGUAAUGCCACUCUUACAGAGCAGCUGAAGCAGAGAAAGGAAGGUGAAUUCCAGCCACAGCCUGCUAACAAGGAUGUGUGUCUAUAGAAAUCUGUGGUGGAUACAACCUGCAGAACAGGAUAAUUUUCUGACCAUCACUCAUUGGCUCUGCUUUGAGUCUUGAUCCUCUUGACGUUGGGCGCUGAGAAGAUCAGUGAACCCAGAGCAGCAGCUGCUUGUGGUGAAUAACCCUCACUGACAGUGGCCCAUCUGGACAUGAAAGGAUGUUCUCUUGCUCCAGCUUCAGCCUCCCUGAUCAGUCUGUCCAUGAGGACCCUGGGCUCUGACACCACAGGCAGCCACCCAGGAAGCAGUGGUGCUGAGGAAUUUCAGACAUUAGCUCAUCUGCUGCUUGAAUCUCACAACCGUGGCAUUUCCACACUGUUGUGUGUGUAGAGUGGGGACCUUUGCAUAUCGUUCCCAGAAUAUCUUUCUAUCUGACAAGGUGGGAUCCCUUGGUUUACCUUGGCUUGCAUGUUCACUAACCUUCUGUUUGUUCUUUUAUCAUUUCUCUUAGGGGUUAUUUGCACGCUGUCAGAAAGGUAAGAUGAGUUGAUGAAGCCUCUGUGACCACAGCAUGCAUCACAUGGAUGCUCUCUCUUUUCAGAAACACAAUGAUAGAGCUCCACUGUAACUCAAAGACCCUUCACUUCCGUGCAGCAGGUGAUGCCACCACAAAGGGCUUGGCUGCAUAGAUGCAUCUGAGGGGAGAAGCUGAGAUGAAUUUUGAGGGGAUUGAGAGCAAGUUUUCCUUAAGAACACCUGCAGAGCCUGAUGAGGAUGUCUGCUACCUGGUUCCUGGGCAGAUGGACAGCUUGGCACAGUGCAACUUCAACCAUACCAGUAAAACCUUUGUGGUGAUCCAUGGGUGGACGGUGACAGGAAUGUAUGAAAGCUGGGUCCCAAAGCUGGUGGAUGCUCUGUACAAGAGGGAACCUGAUUCAAAUGUUAUAGUUGUGGACUGGCUGGUUCGAGCUCAGCAGCACUACCCAGUGUCUGCUGCUUACACGAAGCUGGUGGGAAAGGAUGUUGCUAUGUUUAUUGACUGGAUGGAGGAGAAGUUCAAUUACCCUCUCAACAAUGUCCACUUACUGGGAUACAGUCUGGGUGCUCAUGCUGCUGGGAUUGCUGGGAGUCUAACCAAGAAGAAGGUGAACAGAAUUACUGGUCUGGAUCCUGCUGGUCCCACCUUUGAGUAUGCUGACGCCCCUAUCCGCCUCUCCCCGGACGAUGCUGACUUUGUGGAUGUUCUGCACACGUACACUCGAGGCUCUCCAGAUCGCAGCAUUGGGAUUCAGAAACCUGUUGGACACAUCGAUAUCUACCCUAAUGGUGGAGGUUUCCAGCCAGGCUGCAACUUGGGAGAAGCUCUCCGCCUGAUUGCUGAAAAAGGCUUUUCAGAUGUGGAUCAGCUGGUGAAGUGCUCUCAUGAGCGAUCCAUCCAUCUCUUUAUUGACUCGCUCCUCUAUGAAGAGAAGCCCAGCAUGGCCUAUCGCUGCAACACGAAAGAAGCCUUUGAGAAGGGCCUCUGCCUAAGCUGCCGGAAGAACCGUUGCAACAACUUGGGUUAUAAGGUCAACAGAGUGAGAACAAAGAGAAACACCAAAAUGUACUUGAAGACCCGCGCUCAGAUGCCCUACAAAGUCUUCCAUUAUCAGGUCAAGAUACAUUUCUUCGGAAAGACCAGUGUGACCAAGGUAGACCAGCCAUUCCUGAUCUCUCUGUAUGGCACUCUAGAUGAGAGUGAGAACAUUGCUUUCACACUGCCUGAAGUCUCUUCCAACAAGACCUUCUCCUUCUUGAUCUACACCGAAGUGGACAUUGGUGACCUGCUUAUGCUAAAGCUGCAGUGGGAGAAAGAUACCUUCUUCAGCUGGUCAGACUGGUGGACUCCAUUUGCAUUCACCAUCCAGAGAGUCAGAGUGAAGUCAGGCGAAACUCAGAAAAAGGUGGUAUUCUGUUCUCGAGAUGGCAGCUCACGUCUUGGUAAAGGAGAAGAGGCAGCAAUAUUUGUGAAGUGCCUUGAGCAGCCCGUCAGCAGGAAAAGGGGAGGUGCCAAGAAAGCCUCUAAAGAAAAUUCUGCACAUGAGUCUGCUUAAAAAGUGGCAAGAAUGAGAAUUUCCACACUGGGGAGGAGGAGGGAGCCUGUUCAUCACUGUGAAGUGGAUGUUCAGAUCUGAAUAUAUAGAAAUAUUUAUCUGCUGCUGGCUUUUUUGACUGCUAUAUCUAGCUAUAUUAGGAGGCUUCUUGUAAGGAAGUCUCAGCGUAAAAAGUUACUAACCAUAAAGUUACGUUAUCUGAAUAGUUAAAAACAAAGAAACCCCUGCAACAACUUGCCAAAGGCUUGAGUGUUAGGAAGGAAUAAGUAAUUUUGCUUAAUUGUGGUGCCUUGUGACAGUUUCUUGAUGUCAGCUCCUUUUUAUCAGUUUUGUAGUAUUUAUUGAAAAGACACAAAGCUUCUGUACCUGGUCUCUUUUUAGUGUUCUUUGUUUCCAAUAUUUUUACAGAAAUCUCCUGGAACUGCAGAUCUUUUUUCUUUUUUCUUUUUUUUUCUUUUUUUUUUUUUUUUGUUACUGUUGUUGUUCUCCUGGCCUUGCUAACUGAAUUUUCAGACAGUUCAGCGGCUAGAAUUCAUUGUCUUUAAGUGUGUGUUUGGCAAGUGAGUAGUUUUCUCAUGGAAAAAAUGCCCUUGUGUGUAAAGCUAUAAAGAGAUGUCAGGGACUGGUUCAAUAUGGGGAUGAAUCUUUUGGGUUGUGGUUAUGAAUGUGGUUUAUUGGGUGUAGAUGCCAAUGCUUUUUAGCAAUAAUUAUAGUCUGUUAAGAUAUAUAAUCCCAUGCAGUUUAUCCUGGAAUAAAUAGCAAUAGGAGAAGACAGCAACACCAGUGUCCUCUGCAGACAUUCAACUUUUCAUUCAUGCUUUCAUCCCUCAAGAAUGGAGUCAUCUAACUUCCGUCACCAAAAAACAGCAAUGGAAUUAAGCUACAAAGAAAUGCAGAGAAUGGAUAUAUAUGGAUGCAUAUAUAUAUAUUUAUAUAUAUAUAUUUAUAUAUAUAUGCAUUUACUUCCAUCUGAGAUACCAAAACUAAGAGCAUCAGUGCUGUUUAAAGCUGAAUGUCAGUCACUCAGCAGACUGGCAGCAGUAUCCAGUCUCUGGUGCAACUGAAACCAGUUGACAGGUGACAAAUAUACUCCUGCUUCCCUGUGCUGGAAUUGUGACUUCCAGUGACCAGCCUCUGUGCUUGGCUGUGAUAGAAUGGUACAUACUAGGAGUUGCUUGGUUUUCUGAUCCGAGGUGGAAUUCAGCAGGGAGCAGGAGCUGUGACACUUAAAGGAGCCUGAUUUUGUGAUGCACAAAAAUGAAUGCUCUGAAAAACACUUAAAUUAGAUAUGCUGUGAGUCGCCAAAAAUAGAUGUAUUGAAGGCUUUUUGCUUUUCCUUUCUUUAAGUAAUGCAAAGCUUUUCUUAGCUUGGAAAAAAAAAAAAACAAAAAAAACCCAAAAACAAUAGCCUUUAGCUUUCUAGGCAAUAAACAAAAAAACUGGGGAGGUAGAAGUGUUUGAAGGUAGGCAUUUGGAGAAGUGUGAGAAUGUGAGCUAUUGGUGCUGGUUUUCAGUCUUUGUCCACAUGUGCAAGACAAAAUGUGGAGGCUCCAAGAUCCUAUAUUUGAUAUAAAACCAACAGAAAUACAUGUAUGUGCACAGUUGUUUUCUUCCUAGCCAUGGCUGCUAGUAUAUAUGGGGAUAAAAGUUUUAAACAGUGCAAUACGUUGGAAUAUUAAUAACUCCAAAACUGCUUACAUUUGAUUUCCUCACUAUGGCAGAGAUAGGAUGAGUCACUGAGGGUGGGGCUGAGAAUUGAGCCACUGCUUUUGGGGCCUCUAAAAAUAAAUACAAUGAUACAUUCUCUCUAGACUUGACAUUCUGUUGCAGUUUUCUCUUUAAGAGUGAAAGCUCUCUGGAAAUAAAAUUUGUGUAAACAGGUAUGCCUUUAAUACAGGAUCUAAUACAAACACAUACGGAACUUGGAUUCAAAAUAAUGAAGGUUCUUUUACAUGGGGACACAUGAUUUAGCCUUGAAUGUUAUUUAUUAGCUGUAAAUACCAUAUUUAUGUGUUUAAAGAUAGUUUGUAUAUAUUGCUGAAGUUGCCCAGAGUCUUUACAUUUAUACAGUUGUGUGGUAUUCAUCCUGUAUAUAGCUUGCAGAAAGAUUUUUAUUAACAAACCAUUUACACUGCAUUAUUUCUGGUGUGGUCAAUAAGCUUUUAAAAAAAGAAAGCUCCUCAGUUUUGUACAAAACGGAGACCUGUGGUUUUAAUAAAAUUCUCAAA